CAACUAAAUUAGUAAGUUCUUAGAAUUUUAAUAGCAACCAGCUUAAAAGACACAGGACACUUACGGCUCACAAGUUUAAAGAUAGUCCUCGCUUCCUGUUCUAAACAGUCUGUAGAUAGGAUAUUUUGCAGUAUUAAAAAGGCAAGUUUUGCUAUUGCAGUUCUAAUGAUUCCACCAAGCACAGGUUAUGAGCUAUCUUUGCGGCAUUUGACAGUAUUGACUUCAUCCUCUGGCUCCACUGGCUGUCCUCUGAAUUUUCAUUCCUCUAGGCUUUCCCCUUAUAGGAGAAAAAUGGUCAUAUUUGCAAACCUCAUGUACUUGUACACAAGAGCAAGGAGGCUGCAUUUUACUAGGAGCCCCAAUUCAAGUGUUUGUGGGCACAUUGGGUCUAGUAAGGUUACGUAAUGACCACCUCUGGUACUCGGUGACCUGAGGUAAUGGUUAUGCUGCAUGGCUCAAGUGGGAAGAAAGAAUGCUAAGGAGGGAGCCAACAAAUAUCCUCUAUAUUUGCACCUCUUCUACAUAAUAAAUGUAGGUAUCGCUUAUAUGUUGGUUGGUGCAUCUGUGCUCACAUGCUUAGAACAUUAAGGAACAGCCACUCAAAACAUGGGAUGAAAUAAAGACACAUUCUACAACUUGCUUUUUCUCUGUCCUUUCUCUUCUCCUUUCGGCCUCAGCCAUUCCUACUGCAGAAAGGCCACGUCAUACUACAGGAAAUAUGACCACCAGCAGUGACUAAGUCUCUCCCACUUCUUUGUAUCCAUACAGCAAUUUCAAGCAAGAAUGUCUAGCUACGUCCCUGCUUGUCCCUUGAUGGAAUCAGUGUUGGCAGAAGCAGAGUGUGUGUACGGUCAGCGGCCAUCCUGGUGGUCCUGGGAGACUGUUGUGUUGCUGGAGGGGCCAUAGGAAGGCUGUUCCCGACCCCUGUGUCCAACUUCGAGCUGCUGAAGGGGUUCUCUACAAUAAAGAAGAAGCAGAACACACGCAACAGACUCAGGGCCAGAUGUGAGGAAGGCCAAUACUGGAGCACAGUGCAAAAUGGACCGCACUGAUCAGUUCAGGAAAGAAGUUUUUGGUUUCUUCUUGGAAACAGGGUAGUCUAGGCUGCCCUCAAACUCGCAGCCAUCUCCUGCAUCAGCCUCCUGCGUGCUGGGAUUACAGGCAUGUGUCACCAUGCGUGGGGGUAAGACGUUUUGAAUGGAGGGGCUCAUAGGAAAGCAGUGACUGUGGCGGCCUGAGCGGUGGAGAUCCCGUCUUUCCUCGAAUAACUGCCUAAGUUUAUAAAGCAAGGAGGCUCCAAGGCCUGCCGGAUUUCAGCUUUCAGCGUGCACGAGGGGACGAUUUUUCGAGCCCUUGUGAAGGGUUCUGGAGGGAACUCAGUUCCGCUGGCGACAUGCAGCUCCCAUUCCACGACUCCCCAGGACGUUCUGACAGUUUGUUCCGACGCUCUCCGCACAGGCCAGGCGCUCCCCUUCCUCUGAAACCCAGGGCCAGUGUCCCCACCCCAAACGAAUGACUCCACCCGGGGAGGCCAGGCAGGCCCCACCCGCAGGCAGAUUGGACCGGUUAGGACUGCUGCAGUCAGCGCGGGACAGCGCACACUUCGGUAGCAAAGAGACAGGCCGCCGGAGCGCGAGGACGAACGCGUCUACCCUCUUCAGGCCCACGUCCGCGCCUGAAUUGCUCGAGUGUGUGUGAUGGACAGGUGACACGGAGGCCGCUCCCUCUGUGGUCAGGGUGCCAGCAUGACCGAGUGCUUCCUGCCCCCCACCAGCAGCCCCGGUGAGCACCGCAGGGCCGAGCAUGGCAGCGGGCUGACGCGGACGCCCAGCUCGGAGGAGAUCAGUCCCACCAAGUUCCCUGGCUUGUACCGCACGGGCGAGCCCUCGCCGCCCCACGACAUCCUCCACGAGCCUCCGGAUAUAGUGUCGGACGAUGAGAAGGACCAUGGGAAGAAGAAAGGGAAGUUCAAGAAGAAGGAGAAAAGGACUGAAGGCUAUGCUGCCUUCCAGGAAGAUAGCUCUGGAGACGAAGCUGAAAGCCCAUCCAAGAUGAAGAGGUCCAAGGGCAUCCACGUCUUCAAGAAGCCCAGCUUCUCUAAAAAGAAGGAUAAGGAUUUUAAAAUAAAAGAGAAACCCAAAGAAGAAAAGCAUAAAGAAGAAAAGCACAAAGAAGAAAAACAUAAAGAGAAGAAGUCCAAGGACUUGACAGCAGCUGAUGUUGUUAAGCAGUGGAAGGAGAAGAAGAAAAAGAAGAAGCCGAUUCAGGAGCCGGAGGGACCUCCGAUGGACGUGCCCAGCUUCAGGCCCGUCUUUGGGAUUCCCUUGGCCGACGCGGUGGAGAGGACCAUGAUGUACGACGGCGUCCGGCUGCCGGCCGUUUUCCGGGAGUGUGUGGAUUACGUGGAGAAGCACGGCAUGAAGUGCGAGGGCAUCUACAGGGUCUCAGGAAUUAAAUCAAAGGUGGAUGAGCUGAAGGCAGCCUAUGACCGAGAAGAGUCUCCCAACCUGGAGGACUACGAGCCGAACACCGUGGCCAGCCUGCUGAAGCAGUACCUGCGAGACCUUCCGGAGAACCUGCUUACCAAAGAGCUCCUGCCGCGCUUCGAGGAGGCGUGCGGGAGAGCCACGGAGAGUGAGAAGGUGCAGGAGUUCCAGCGCUUGCUCAGGGAGCUGCCCGAGUGCAACUGCCUCCUCGUCUCCUGGCUGGUUGUGCACAUGGACCACGUCAUCUCCAAGGAGCUGGAGACCAAGAUGAACGUUCAGAACAUCUCCAUAGUGCUCAGCCCAACCGUGCAGAUCAGCAACCGUGUUCUGUAUGUGCUUUUCACGCAUGUGCAAGAGCUGUUUGGAAACGUGGUACUGAAGCAGGUGACAAGGCCUCUGCGAUGGUCUAACAUGGCCACGAUGCCCACGCUGCCCGAGACCCAGGCUGGCAUCAAGGAGGAGAUCCGGAGACAGGAGUUUCUUUUGAAUUGUUUACAUCGAGAUCUGCAGGGUGGAGUGAAGGAUUUAUCUAAAGAAGAAAGAUUAUGGGAAGUACAAAGAAUUUUGACAGCCCUCAAAAGAAAACUGAGAGAAGCUAAAAGACAGGAGUGUGAGACCAAGAUUGCCCAGGAGAUAGCCAGUCUGUCAAAAGAGGACGUUUCCAAAGAAGAGAUGAAUGAAAAUGAAGAAGUUAUAAAUAUUCUGCUCGCCCAGGAGAAUGAGAUCCUCACCGAGCAGGAGGAGCUGCUGGCCAUGGAGCAGUUCUUACGCCGGCAGAUUGCAGCCGAGAAGGAGGAGAUCGAGCGCCUGCGUGCCGAGAUCGCUGAGAUCCAGAGCCGCCAGCAGCAUGGCCGGAGCGAGACGGAGGAGUACUCCUCGGAGAGCGAGAGUGAGAGCGAGGACGAGGAGGAGCUGCAGCUCAUUCUGGAGGACCUGCAGCGCCAGAACGAGGAGCUGGAGAUCAAGAACAACCACCUGAACCAAGCCAUCCACGAGGAGCGCGAGGCCAUCAUAGAGCUGCGUGUGCAGCUCCGCCUGCUGCAGAUGCAGCGCGCCCAGGCCGAGCCGCCGGACGAUGAGGAGCCCGAGCGGCGGGCGGGCACCGUGGCCUGGGACGGCGUCCUGGAGGCCAAGCCGUCGCCGGGCAGAGACCGGAAGGAGACGCCCAUCUGAGCGCGCUCUCUGGAGUCGGCUCUCCGCCCGCGUCCCCACGACGGUCCUCAGACUCAGGUUCCGGAGGACGGAGCAGGGCGCCCGUGGGCCGUGGACAGAUGCUCUUCCAGAUAGUGUCAGCUUAUUUGAAAAUUAAUUUUCUUCGUUAACGUAAAGUAACGAUUUUAACCCUUGAGUGGCUUCUUUUUAAACCAAAAAUUGUCUUUCUUUGCUUUUUUAUCACAGCAGAAUCAGGAUCUCUUUCUCAUCCAAGGGGGGGAACCAAACCAGGUCACUGCUGCGCCUGCGGGGUGCCCGCCGUCGCCCGCAGGCCUCUGCGUACCUAGUCACUCUUGCUUGUGCCUUCCACACCUCCUCGGUGCAGACGACUCGGCGAGGGCGCCGCUCCUCUCCCGACUGGCCGGGCGGCCCCCGCUGGUGUCCCUUAGCCCUGUCACGCUCUCCUCUCUCAGUUCUCAGCCGAGGCCGGCCGAGUGGCCACAGAGGCUGCCGCGGGCUCCGCCUGCCGGCCACUCACUGCCAGGGGCCGCCAGAGGCCUUUGCCCCGUGGCCGCAGGUGGCCACCUCACCCGAGGGGCCCACAGAGAUCUGUCUCAAAGCCCAAACUUUCCCCCACCGGCCCUCCAGGCGGACACAGCUCCUCCGGUCGCUGGCCUGGGCUGCAAGGCCCGUGUGUGCUGGAGGAGCUGGGCUGCGCUCUGCAACACGAGUUUUCAGCUGUCCCUGUCACCUCAGUCAGUCUCCUGAGGGACGCCUGAGUGCCCGGAUGGAGCAGUGGGAGAUGACUUCUUUCCUGCUUGCCAUGACUUGCCCCCUCUCCUCCUCCUGCCGCCCGCUAGGAGGCCUCGCCAGGCCGGGGGCAGCAGGUCAGGCAGUCAGGUGAGUGUCGAGCAGGCAACCUCGGGGCUCCGAAGAACCCGAGGGCUCUCUCCUCCUCCUAGUUAGUAUUUAUUUUCAGCACCUGUUUGAUGCGGUUUUUUAUCCUACCUAUUGCACUGUUGUGACUUGUUGGCCAUUAUUUGAUUUUUGUACGAAAAAAAGCUUUGUUAUAGAAAUCAGCAUACUAUUUUUUUAAAUCUGGAGAGAAGAUAUUAUGGUGACUGAAAAAAUUGGUCAGGUGUCAAAUAUAAAUGUAUAAAUGCCUUGCUGUCCUGUCAGACAUAUUUUAUUCAUUUUAUAUUCGUUGGCAAUAUUGAAGGUUUCUUUUCUGUUUGUGUAAACUCUAAUUUCUAUCAAGGUGUCAUGGGUUUUUUAAAUUAGUAUUUCAUUACAAAAUGUCUGAUUGGUUAACUAAUUUUUUGUCAGAACCAUUAUUGAUCAAGCAAAUAAAUUCAACAGCCAUUUGGGAAAAAAA